AGGCGAGAAUGAUCCGACGGAUGUCGCGGGUGGCGGACUGCUCCCAGUGCCCGGCGAUGCGGGGGUGGGAGAAGGGGAGGCGGCCGGCAGCUGCGGCGGCGCAGGGCCACGUGCCGCUCCACGUGGGGGAGGAGAUGGAGCGGUUCGAGGUCCGGAUGGAGCUGCUCGCCCGGCCCGCCUUCCUCGAGCUGCUGCGCCGGUCUGCCCAGGAGUACGGCUACGGGCAGCGCGGCGUCCUCCGCAUCCCCUGCCCGGUCCCGUUCUUCCGCCGCCUCCUCGCGGCCUGCGGGAGUAGGGUGGAGGAGGAUGGACUGCUCCGGUCCUUCGACGAGUUGUUCCACUCGUCCUCCGACCCGAAUUGACCCGGCGAAUCGAAUCCGCUUCCUGGCUUCUUCUUUUCUCUGUUCGCUGAUCCGCCCAUGGAAGCUGUUGUUGUAGAUAAACUUCAUGGUGUAUCGAAGGAGGGUCUUCUUCCUUUUCACUCUGUAGAGAUACCGAUGAGCUCCAAUUACAUGAAUUCUCGAAACUAUUGUACUUCA